CAACGCACUCUCGGUUUUCGAGUUGCCUUUCGCUCGGUCCGUCACAGUCGACCGACGUGGUCGCCAGAGCCGGUGCAUGUUGCAAAAUUACCAAUUGGUUCGUUAACCCACUUCCUCAGUGGUGCGCCGUUGCGGCACCUAUCCGGUACGCGAGUAAUUUGAAAACAAUCUGUCGUUUUGUUCGAUACUUACGUGCGCGUGUCAAAUAUUAUACAGUGAGUAACAGUGACUUACACAGUUAUAUCAUUUACUCUCGGUUUGCGAUAUGUGGAACGUGAUGUGAUACAUAUUCAUUUUAUAUCAAGAUUAUUCAGUGAAAAGGUCAAUGAGAAUGAUAGUAAUCUGUGCUGUGCCCCUUGUAGAAGACCUUUUGUUGUGCAGACAACUCUAUAAAAAACAAUGUUACGACGCCGAGGGACUUACACUGUCAACGCUGAUCCUGACAAUCGGCAUAGCAGAGUGAAACCGGCCGACCCCCCCUCGUUGGUUGCCAAAAAAAUAGGCAAGGACGGCUCAAAGGUGACGACUGUGGUGGCGACGCCGGGGCAAGGCCCCGACCGGCCACAGGAGGUGAGCUAUGCUGACAUGAAACUCAUCGGAAACGGCAGCUUCGGCGUCGUCUACCAGGCCAAACUAUGCGACACCGGCGAGCUGAUUGCUAUCAAGAAGGUGCUCCAGGACAAGAGGUUUAAGAACCGAGAGCUUCAAAUCAUGCGACGACUGGAGCAUUGUAAUAUUGUCAAAUUGAAAUAUUUCUUUUACUCCAGUGGAGAAAAGGCGGCAGUGCCCGCAGCAGUGAGCUCAAUGUUAAACGCAAUGCAGUCUCUUGAUGUCGCAAAAGACGAAGUGUACCUGAAUUUGGUGCUGGAGUACAUACCCGAGACUGUGUAUAAAGUGGCACGUCAUUACUCCAAAGAUGAACAAACCAUACCCAUUAGUUUUAUAAAGCUGUAUAUGUACCAGUUGUUCAGAAGCCUCGCGUACAUACACUCGUUGGGCAUCUGCCACCGAGACAUCAAGCCACAGAACCUACUCCUUGAUCCUAAGACCGGUGUACUCAAGCUUUGCGACUUUGGUUCGGCGAAACAUCUUGUUCGCGGAGAGCCCAACGUGUCCUACAUCUGUUCCCGAUACUACCGCGCUCCAGAACUCAUUUUUGGCGCCAUAGAUUACACCACUAAAAUCGAUGUGUGGAGCGCUGGCUGCGUAGUAGCAGAAUUAUUAUUGGGUCAGCCAAUAUUCCCAGGUGAUUCUGGUGUCGAUCAAUUGGUUGAGAUCAUCAAGGUACUAGGUACUCCGACACGAGAACAAAUUCGAGAGAUGAAUCCUAAUUAUACAGAAUUCAAAUUCCCACAAAUCAAGAGCCACCCUUGGGCUAAGGUGUUCCGCGCGUGCACGCCGCCGGACGCGAUCUCGCUGGUGUCGCGGCUGCUGGAGUACACGCCGGGCGCGCGCCUGUCGCCGCUGCAGGCGUGCGCGCACAGCUUCUUCGACGAGCUGCGCGAGCCCGCCGCGCGGCUGCCCAACGGCCGCCCGCUGCCGCCGCUCUUCAACUUCACGGAGUACGAGCUGAGCAUCCAGCCGUCGCUCAACGAGUUCCUGAAGCCGCGCGCGGGCGGCGCGGCGCCGGACGCGGCGGGCGGCGCGGCGCCGGCGGACGACGCGCCAGGCGAGGCGGGCAGCAGCGCGGCCGGCGCGUCCUAGGCGAGCCAGUUCACCAGCGAGAGCCCCACAAGCGACAUAGUGAUACUUACUUUCGUGUUGGCCAUCGGGAAAAUUACAUGCAUAAUAGGUGUUUUCGGCGAGUAAUCGUGUGAUACUGUAGUGUAAUUGUCGAUAAAGCUUGAGCUGUCGUAGUCGGUAAGAAGGGUAAAUCCGUUGUAGAUUCUAAACCGUCGCGAUGUGAUUACUUUGUACUUUUGUAAGCUCAAAUUGUCCCCUUAUGUACAUACCUUAUAUGCUGAGUUUGAAUGUUUAUUUAGUAAACGACAGAUAAUUACCGUCUGGAUAAAUUGUUUUGUUUUAUUUUCAUUUUUAAUAUCUCGUCAGAUUCUGUCUCUUUUUAAAUGAUUUUGCUUAUAAUUGUAGCCUUAAUGUACUCGGUGUGAGACGUUUUUAUCAUAGAGAGAGGUUAGUCACCUGUUUGUUUCACUUGAAUCACCUAUCGAGGGUAGACACAUGAUACUUACCUUGCUUGGGCCGUGUAAUCAGUAGGGAUGACAUAUUCAGUAGUGUAUUAGAGUAUUUAUUGUUGAAAAGUAUCACUAACUCAACAAACUUUUACGAAGCGUAUGCCUAGUGUUAUUUCAACGAUGAAACUUAGCAAACGGAAUAUUUUGUUGCAACAAUAGUACGCAUUGUAAAUUUUUAUAACUAGCGUAAACUGAUCUCUCAAGAUAAUUUAUAAUAAUGAUAUGAUAUCUCAGAAUAUUUGUAUAAACAAUUCAGAGGAUAUAAAUUUUAGGAUGUACUACACAUAUAUAUUUGUUUUCGGCAACUUCUAUGUUAAACAUUUUUUGCUGUGUAUUUUGAAUUAUCCAAUGCUGGAUAAAUGUAAUGUACCUAUUUAAUAGCACUGUCGGUGUCCUAAUUAUAACGACAUAGUUUUUGGAUAAUAUUGUAUUCUAUAUUCAAUAAAUGAUAUUUCUAUUAUAUGAAAUUUGUCAUUGAGAACACUAUGGUUAUUAGUAGUCAUUUAUGAAACGAUGUUUAAAUAAUGGUAAAAUUUCAUUGUCAUAGUUUUAAGUAAUCGAGUAAUUUCAUUUUGCACUUCGAUUUUGAAUACAGUUACAAAUUAGGAAAGGUUUACUAAACCUCUAAGUAUAGUCUAACAAAAUCUUUUCUUCAUGGUGUAGAAGUAGCCUAAACGCAAAACUUAUUGGUGUAAUGUCGAUUACCUCUUGCACCACUAUUUAGAGAAAAACCUGGUAUUUAAAAAUUCAGGCAGCUGAAAAGCACGAUUUUGCAUAAAUAACAUAUUUUAGUCUUAUUUGGACCAACUCAUAGUAACACUUCAGCUUUGCAUGACAAUAUUGAUUCAGAGAAAUAAUGAACUAAUCAAUAUUUCAGUUUACUAUUACAUUCUCAUUAUCGAUAAUUUUAAAUGCUUAGCUGAAUCGAUUUAACACUUAUUAUCCUGUUCUUUAGACAUAAACCAGGGCCCCGACCAUUAAAAUAAUUAAUUAUAACGUAUCAUUUAUUGUGUACCAUGUUACGACAGGACAGGACUGAGGUCGGUCUUUCUCCUCGCUAACUUCGCGGUGUUAGGUAGCCGUUUCUUAUUGCGCCGCGUGCCUACCUUUGUGAAAGAUCGAAUUCAGUGAAGUAUACCUGUUUUACUUAUAAAUUAUUGUAUUUUAAGAAGAGCGCUCCGCGCUUCGCUUUGAAAUCACAUAAUAGUGGAUGUUAGUUUUUGUCGUUAAGGCUAUUGAUUUGCUGGAACACCCGUAUAAUUCGUGUAAAUAUAUUAUAAUUAUCUUUAUGGUACGACUCUUGAGUGACGCGUGGCGGUGCCGCGGGAGGCUCGCUCGCAAGCGGCGCGUGAGUCGCCACCAUACCGCACCGGACUCAGUAAGAGACAGUAGUUUAGAUAUUACAUGUAUUUUAUUAAGUCUAUCUAUCUAAUAUGAAUUUUGUAAUCGACGUUGCUUCUUAAGACCUCUGUGUAAAAAGUUAUAAGACAUACUAGUGACCUGAAUAUUUGAAGCGAUGUUAUUAAAAUCUUUAUCCCACUGAAUUCUCACUUUCACGAUUUGCGUGCACAUUUCAACAUGAGAAUUUUCCGUAAAAUACAUAGUUCGAAAUGGAGUUAUGACUUAUUAUAUAAAUUAUUUAAAGUAAAUUUUUCUUAUUACUGUAAUAAUAUUAAAUUUAAUAGUGAGUGAAAUUUGUAUUUUGUUUUCAUAUUUGUUUUACUGAAUUUAAAUACUUCAUAACCCUCAUAUCGUUGUUAGUUAUGAAUGAAAAUAACAUAAUUAUUAAAAGUAAAUAAUUAAAUGAAUAGUAA